AUGCAAGCUCCAGACAUGGAAGCUAUUGCACGUCGCCCAAAGGAGCUGCUGCAAGCCCUCAACCGCCUCUCUGAGCUUGGGCUACAGAACCAUGAAGUUCCCCUCCCGAAUAUCGUUGUUUUAGGCGAUCAAUCAGCGGGCAAGUCGUCUGUCAUCGAGGCGAUCUCCGAUAUUACAGUUCCUCGGAGCUCAGGGACAUGUACGCGGUGUCCGCUACUAAUCAAGUCUCUUGGGGACAACGAACCCGGCGCCGUGUGGCGUUGCAAGAUCGAUCUGCAUCGGAAUUACGAAUUCUACCCACAGGGCAUCUUCGACUCUACGGACGAGGACUCACCCUUCAAGCCAUGGAUUGCAAACGCCACUCCUGUGGUUAUCCCCUUCUUAAUGAUCGACAGCAAAGACAAGUUGCGAGAGGGGAUUCAUCGCGCUCAGCUCGCUCUCCUGAAUCCUGGGCAGCCCACUGCGAAAUAUGCUUCUGGCCGCGUUCAAGAUAUUGGGAAUACUGAUGGGCUUCAAUGUGAAUUCACUCCGAAUGUUGUGUCUGUCGAGAUCUCGGGUCCCGGACGAAUCAACUUGUCAUUCUACGAUCUUCCUGGGAUCAUCAACCAGACGGAAGACGAAGACAAGCCGUGGCUUGUCGACAUUGUCAGAAACUUGGCGGCUGAAUAUAUUAAGUCUCCGAAUACCAUCGUCCUCCUUGCCAAGUCGAUGGAAGGAGAUCCCCACAAUUCCAGCGCAGCGAGAUUGGCAAAGGAAGUGGGAGCGCAUGAACGUUGCGUUGGCGUCCUCACGAAACCAGACCGUAUCCCACUUGGAGACCCAGUGGAUAUGUGGCGCAAAAUGCUAUGCGGUGACCAGAAAACAUUCUACCUGCCUCUAGGUUACUAUGUCACCAAACAACCGUCGCAGGCUGACUUGGACGGUGGAAUAGACAAUGUCCGGGCUCGACAAAUUGAGACAAUGUUUUUCUCAACCAAGGAGCCGUGGGCGACCAAGUUUGCGGAAUUCAAAGACCGAUUUGGUACCUUUAACCUGCAGAAAGCCUUGUCCGACCAACUAGCUGAGCGAAUGGUAAAGAACCUGCCCAAAAUCCGCGAGUCCAUCCGCACUCAGAUCGACGAAUUGGAUUUAGAGCUGGAAAACAUCCCGGAACCCCCCACUCAAAAUGCGUUGGGCGCUGUGCUGUCAUUACUCCAAUCAUAUUCAAAUCAGGUUACAAAGCUGAUGGAAGGUGAACAUCCGUUCAACGAGUGGCGCCUGACAUGGAAAGCCCAGAGAGAAUCUUUCCUGCGAAACCUGACAGCAAUGCGGCCAUCUCUCCAUAUCCAAGGGGACCUAGACACUGGCCUGUUCCCUAAUCAAAUAGAUUUGACAGGGGACUCAGAAGAUGAUCACCAAUCACCUACGCCUGAGAAGAUCGCUUCCACGCCUUCCUUGAAGCGUCGUAGAGUAGACGAACCAUCCACUCCGAGACAGAUGCCAAUGGCCCAGCCCAGCAGCGUGUCGCGACAACAGGCCCCGAAGACUCCGACGCGGAAGAAGUCGCAAGCCUUGCCCAAUGUCUUCUACUUAGAUAGGAUCUGCAAAGUUCUGAACGACAUAUCGUCUUCAGACAUUCCUAGAGAGAUCGACUCUAAGGCUCUCGACUUCCUCAUACUGGAGUCUCUAAAAGACUGGGACAAGCCUAUGGCUACUUUUUUCCGAUCUUUGGAGCAAGCUUUGCGGUCGCAGAUGCAAGGAAUAUUCGACCAAAUCUUCGGACCCUGGAAAACGAGCGAGCUUUACGGAAAGGCUUGGGAGAUUGUCGAUCAGCUUCUGACGUCGCACAUGAGCGAGCAACGCGACACCUUGGCAGUGCAUGCACUGCGCGUUGAACGAGAGAAGCCGUUCGCCGGUGACGACAAGCUGUGGGACCACCACAUUCUCGAGGCAUUGGGCGUUCUCCAAGAUGCUCGGAUUUCGCGACGCCUCAUCAUCUACGUCAAAGAAAAGAACGCGAUUACUGGAAAAGAAACAAAGCAAUCAGAACUUGCCGGACUGAAGGCAAAACCAGAAGUUUCGAAGAUCAUUAGGGACGAUCCCUACCGUCGAGAGGUUGAGGUGAUGUCAAAGGUUCGAGGUUACUAUAAGAUCUCUUCCGUCAGAUUCUACAGCAACAUUUGCUUGAAUCUGCAGGCCAAAUUGUUCAAGUUUCUUCGUGAAUCUUUGCACGAGGAGCUUACCACCGGCUUAGGUGUCUUCGCUGAUGACGGUAAGAGUCCUCGCCUUGUGCUGCUUGAGGAGGAUCCGGAGAGAGCAGAACGACGACGCACCCUUCUCAACAAGCGCCAAGCGCUUGUUGAAGGUCGAAAGUGUCUCGCCGAGCUCCUUGACAAGUACAAAGGAGCUGCGAGCGGGGACACCGACGCCAUGGAUAUAUGCUGA